UCGCUGGUACUGGUGGCGCCAAAAGAGAACCUUAUCUGAAGACUCUAAAGACUGAAGAUUGGAGGGUCAAAACUGAAAAUUGUGGACUGACACUGUGAAGCGAUGUCAGCUGUUGCAGUGAGCGGCGUUGCAUCUUUGAGCAACCCACAUCGCAUUCGCACCAAUUUUCUCCUCUUUGAUAUCACCAGUCAAUUCAAUCCCACUAUCACUACUACUACUCGUUGCAAGAAACGCCUAACUAUCAUCACUUCCUCCUCUUCUACUGCUAAUGCUUUACCUGCUGUUGAUUUUAACCCUCUUCAAUCUGCUCUUGAAAAGAAAGACAGUGAUGCGGUCAAGGAGGCUCUUGAUCAAUUAAGAGAAGCUGGUUGGGCCAAAAGGUGGACCUCCCAGCCAUAUGUGUCUCGUCGUACAACAUCACUUAGGGAGCUGACAACUCUCGGAAUCAAGAAUGCUGAGAAUCUUGCUAUACCAAGUGUCAGAAAUGAUGCGGCUUUUCUAUUCACGGUGGUCGGCUCAACAGGAUUUUUGGGUCUUCUUGCCGGACAACUUCCAGGGGACUGGGGAUUCUUUGUGCCAUACCUGAUAGGAAGCAUCUCUUUAGUGGUUUUGGCUGUGGGAAGUACUGCACCUGGACUUCUCCAGGCAGCCAUUGGUGGAUUCUCAGUGGUUUUUCCUGAUUAUCAAGAGCGGAUUUCCAGCCAUGAAGCGGCUCAUUUUCUAGUUGCCUAUUUGCUUGGCCUGCCAAUUCUGGACUACUCCUUGGAUAUUGGAAAAGAACAUGUAAAUCUUAUCAGUGACAAGUUGGAGAAGCUUAUAUACAGUGGUCAGCUUGAUUCCAAGGAACUUGACAGGUUGGCGGUUGUAUCAAUGGCCGGGCUGGCUGCCGAAGGGCUCAAGUACGACAAGGUUAUUGGUCAAUCUGCAGAUCUUUUCAGCUUACAGAGGUUUAUAAAUAGGAGUACACCACAACUCAGCAAGGACCAACAACAGAACCUCACUAGAUGGGCGGCUUUGUUUGCAGCAUCUCUCCUAAAAAACAAUAAGACGGUUCAUGAAGCUCUAAUGGCUGAAAUGUCAAAGAAGGCAACUGUACUCGAAUGCAUCAAAGCUAUAGAAAUGGCCUGAUGAAUGAAGUAAUGAGUAAAAGAAAAGGUCUUCACACAAUAGUUAUCUCAUAUCUUUAGUGUAAAGGUUACAGCUUCCUGCUUAAGUCAUUAUAUGAAGUAAAUAGUUAAAUUUAUAAUUGUACUUGUAAUUCUCUACAUUAAAGGACAUCCACGAGCAGAUGGAUAAUUGAUUUGCUUCUGUAUUGCUAAUGAACCCAAAGUUUAUAUCCGUAGCUGAAAUAAGUCAACUUGUAAUUGUGCUCUACCAAUUUUUCAAAUCAAUUGGAAGGUCAAAUGAUCUAUACAGAAAUUUUACUGAUUUCUCGGUCA